GGCGACGAGCAAGAGAGCAAGAGAGCAAGAGACUACACGGCGAAUCUGAGAGACUGGCAGUGAUGGACGGGCAAGGAACCAUCCAGGGAUACUACAAUGCGGCGCCGACCGAGGCGACUAUCCUCUGUUGCUCAUGUGCAACGCCCAUCGCCCCAAACCCAGCGGCGAUGUGUAUGAACUGCAUCAAGAUGAACACAGACAUCACAGAGGGCAUCCCGAGAGAGGGCGUCAUCAACUUUUGCAGAGACUGUGAGCGUUAUCUCUUGCCGCCUAUGCAAUGGGUGCGUGCUCAGCCAGAGUCUCGCGAGCUCCUUGCUUUGUGCUUGAAGAAGAUUCGUGGCCUCAACAAGGUGCGUCUGAUUGAUGCCAAGUUUCGCUGGACAGAGCCGCAUUCACGGCGUAUCAAGGUCAUCUUGACCAUCCAAAAGGAGGCAUUCACAAGUACAAUCCUGCAGCAGACAUUCGAGGUGGAAUUCUCCGUGGGCUACCAGCAGUGUCCAGAGUGUGCAAAGACAUUCACUCAUCAUACGUGGAAGGCCUGUGUCCAGAUUCGCCAAAAGGUCUCUCACAAGCGUACAUUCUUGUACCUCGAGCAGCUCAUCCUUAAGCAUCACGCACAUAAGGAUGCCAUGUCCAUCAAGGAGGUCAAAGAUGGCCUCGAUUUCUACUUCUCCAACAAGAACCAAGCGCUCAAGAUGGUGGAGUUCCUUCACGCAGUCGUCCCAGUCAACAGCAGAACAUCAGAAGAGCUCGUCUCGGCCGACCGCAAGAAUGGAAUCGCGAACUUCAAGUUUACCUUUUCCGUCGAGCUCGUUCCUAUCUGUAAAGAUGAUUUGGUCUGUCUGCCCAAGGCAACAGCCAAGGCGCUCUCCAACAUCUCUCAGCUUGUCCUUGCUUACAAGGUGAGCAAUUCGGUACAUUUCAUCGACCCGCAGACACUACACACAGCCGAUAUGUCUACAGCAGCUUAUUGGCGUAAUCCUUUCAAGACUCUCGCUGAUGUCAAGGACAUGGUGGAAUUUACUGUGCUCGAUGUUGAAAUCACUGGUCAAGUUCAAGGAAAGUAUGCACUUGCCGAUAUUGAGGUCGUGCGUUCAAGUGGUACCGCGGACCAGACCUUCUUUGCGCGCUCGCAUCUUGGUGCUAUUCUGCAACCAGGUGACACGGUGAUGGGCUUCCACCUUGCAGUGACAAACUCGAAUGACACAAUCUUUGAUGAACUCCGAGCAGACGACAUUCCAGAUGUCAUUCUCGUAAGGAAGUCCUACCAAAACCGUCGCAAGAAGAGCAAAGCCCGCAACUGGAAACUCAAGACGCUGAGUAAAGCAGCUGAAGAGGAAGACCCCAAGAAAGGAAAGAAGCAAGACCAAAGCAAGUUUGAGCGUGAUUACGAGCAAUUCUUGCAAGAGCUGGAAGAGGAUGAAGAGCUCAGGCACACCGUCAACCUCUACAAGGACGAGCAAAAGAAGAUUGCAGAGUCCGACAGCGAGAUGGAAACGGAUGAUGAAGGUGAUGAACUGCCAGAAAUCGGCGUCGAUGAGCUCUUGGAUGAAAUGGAGGAGAUGAACAUCCGCGAUUAA